AUAGGCUCUAGCUCAAGCCGCUUUAAUGCCUCCCUCCUAAAAAAAAAAGUUACUUUUCACUUCACACUUCUUUUUUUUUUCCAAAAAUUGUUGAAGAUUUCCGUCAUUCCCUAUUCGCUGUAUUCGAAAAAGACCGAAAAUUUUUUUCGUUUUCUUUCUCCAGGAAAAUAAGCUUUUUUGUUAUCAUAUAAGAAAACACCUUUGAGGAAGUCUUAAUCGAUGUUAACAAAUUUUGAAAUCCGACUGCUUAAAUUGCAACUCCAAUUUUUUUUUUAUUAAAAUAUGUCUGUAUGAAACUUUUAUUUUCGUACAUAGUUUGUGUUUUUUUUUUUGUAUUAUAGUUCCAUCCGAUAUCGAUAAACUUCAAACUCGUCUAUCUGAUGAUAAAAAUACAUUAAGCACUAUUUGGAAACGAAUUAAUGAUAAACGAUUACCACCUAUACCAAAAUCAGUUCUAAGUAAUUAUUUUGAUGUUUUACUUGAUUAUUAUGAAACAAUUACAUCAAAUAAAAUUUUAUUAAAUCAAAUUGGUAAAAAUCUUCUUUAUCUUUUACAAUUAGUUAAUAAUGAACAAACAAAAUCCAAUAUACUCAAUCGAUUAAAACAAUAUCAUGUUAUAUUAAAUGAACAAAUUGAAAAUGAUAAAUUUUGUCAAGUAGAUUUAUCAUUUAUUCUUUUUUUAAAAUUAAUUGCUCAUCUUUAUCCAACAUCAGAUUUUUUACAUCCAAUAACAACACCAGCAAUAACAUUACUUGUUCAAGCUAUAAAUCAUUGUUCUCUCAAAUCUCUUGGUUCAUGUCGACAAGUAUUAUUUUUAAUUGAUUUAAUAAAACAGUGGAUAUCAAGAAGUCAUCGUUAUGUACCAGAAAUAAUUGUUUUAUUAAUUAAAUUAAUUCAACUUGCAUGUCCGAUUGAAAAAUCUCAAUAUUUUAUAUCCUCUUCAUCGAAACAAAUUGAAAAUAAUCAAUUACUUGUGUUGAAGAAGAAUAUUGACUUAUCCAAUUCAAUUAAACUAACAAUUUUUGAUACCAAUGAUCUUGACGAUAAUAAUGAUUCUCAUCGUGCUACAAUUCUUCAAACAUAUCUCAAUCAUCUAAUUGAUUUUCUUCAAAUCUAUGAAUCACUUUCAGCUAUUGUAGAAAUUGCUGAACCAUUUAAAUCUUUUCUUGUUACUAUUGCUGAUACAACAAAAUGUAGUCAAAUAUCAUCUCAAUGUCGAGAGAUUUUAAAUUUAAUUGAUACAAGUAAAACAACAUGUCUUACUAAUCGUAAACAUCUUGAACAAGGCAAAGAACAAGCAAAAAUGUUAAAAUUAUUUGAACCUCGUUUUGGACCAGUAUAUGAAGGUAAAAAGAAUAGUCGUCUACCAAAGGAAUAUGAUGAACGUCUACGUCUUCGACGAAAAUAUAAACGUGAACAUAAAUCUGUUACUCGUGCACUUGUACUUGAUACUGAAUUUAUAGCACGAGAAGAACUUAAACAACAAGUGGAAAAAGAUACUCAACGAAAACGCAAAGUCAAAGAUAUUCAAGCACAAUUAUCAAUGCAAGAAGGAGAAUAUCGAAAAUUACAAAAAACCAAAUAA